AACUCCGGUGUAAACGCAACUCAACAUGAUGUUAUUAACUUCUGUAAUUAACAUCAGUUGAUAACAAAAAUGUUGAAAACUUUUGUUAUUAACUCCAGCUGUAAACGCAGCUUUAGUUAAUGCUGUAAUUGUACAUCAUAAUGAUAAUACUGAGGGUGAUGCCCACAUAACCUCUUAGGCUUGUGCAUGGGUAAUGAGUGUAAGAAAGAUGAUGAUAAUAUAAAAUCCGUUGUAUAAAUAUCAAAUUGUCUGUAUUCUUUUUAAGAGUUCAACAUUGAUUUUUGACGAAACGUUUUUGUCUAUAUAAUACAAGACUAGCCUAGUUAUUUAUAUUGUAAUUUAUUGACACUGUUCUAAUGUAUUUUUUACAUCUGAUGAAUAAAGUAUUUUCCUAUUCUAUUCUAUGAUGAGAGAUGACGACUACCUACUUUUUAGGUAGUCGGGACCGACUGCUUAUCGUCUCCAAAAGACGGAUGACAGAAGACGGAUUCACUUGAUUAAAUAAAAAAAUUUUCAAUAGAAGUAAGCAUUCUCUGGUGCAAUCAAAAGAUGAACUUUAUAAAAUAGAUUUAUUAAAACAACAUUCUAUUAUUUUACUAAUUUUUAAUACAGUUAUAUUACUUUGUUUCAGAUUGUUUAGAUGGGUCGUCUACCAUCUCCAAAAAAGUUUCUGAUAUUUUUGAGCAAAUGUCUAGUUGUAGGAUUUUUAGCCUAUCUCAUCUAUCCUGGCGUGUAUUCUCAUGCAUUAAGCUUUCUCAACUUUUUAACCAGUGUUGAUUCGAACAGUCAUACUGAUGAUUAUAUAAUAAUCGACACUCAAGAAGAUUUCAAAGACAGCUUUAAACUUCCAAUUCCUAAAGAUCGGAUCUUGAGCAGUGGUCAUAGUGUUGAACACCACCUUAACGAAGAUGGAGACUCAGAAAAACUUUGUCCACUUGUUCCUUCAACUCUUGUGGGAUACAAGAAGCCCAACACCACCCCGCCAGCGUCUCUGGAGGAGGUGGCGAUGACCUUGAACGCGGAGGGGUCACCCCUCCAUUGGCAGCCACUGCACUGCAGGCCGCGCCAUCUUGUGGCAAUUUUGGUGCCACUGCGCAAUCGUACUGCGCAUCUCCUCACCUUUCUCCGACACAUGCAUCCGUUCUUGCAGCGUCAGCAGAUUGCGUAUCGCGUCUUUGUGAUCGAGCAGUCAGACGAAGGCAAGUUCAAUCGUGCCAAGCUGUUGAACGUGGGAUUCGUAGAGGCGAUGGCUGCUCUUUCGACUACAGAGAGGAAGCUCGAUUGUGUAGUUUUCCACGACGUGGACCAUUUGCCAGAAGACGAUCGUAACCUCUACGUUUGCCCGCAGUCUCCCGACGCACUACAGCUGGCAGUUUCCGUCGACACUGAUAACUACACUGUUACCUAUACGAACUUCUUUGGCGCAGUAAGUGCAAUGAGCGCUGUUACGUUUGAAGCAGUGAACGGCUACAGUAACAUGUACUGGGGAUGGGGCGGCGAGGACGAUGACAUGGCAGAGCGUCUGCAGAGCGUCGGCGUACGCAUUGUACGCAGCGCAGACGUGGUCGGACGUUACACCACGCUCGCCCACCAUCCGCAGAUCAGGAGUUUGGCCAGAUGGGAGAUACUAGAUCGAGCUUUGAGAAGGAAGGAUUUUGAUGGCCUGGGUAGUUUACAUUAUACAAGAUUAGCUCUGAAGCAAACCAGCCUUAUGACUCAUAUAUUGGUUGACCUAGUGUCAACUAACUGAUCAGAACUAUCAUAUCGAACGACUGCUGUAUACCCUGCUAAAACUAAGUAUUUUUUUAUCCUUAUAAAACCGAAAAUAAUAAUAAUAUAAACCUUUUGAUUGAUGUGAAAAAUUGAAAUUCAUUUAUUUAGUAUUUAUUCGUUUAAAUGUUUCGUUUUAAUUAGUAUACCGUACAUGU